AUGUCAGGUUCUUUCUGGAAGUUUGGUCAGGAUUACUCAAUAGAGUCGCCGGUUUCUAAGAUUUUAAAUAGUGCCUUUAUUAAAAUCGGUAAGGAUCAAGAUGAGGACGUACCUACUGGCGCACGUGAAGGAAGUACUGAUGAUGAAGAAGAUAAAUCGUCACAUGGUUACAUGACUUCUGAAGAGAAAAUAGUUAUCGAGAACGAAGAGAAGGAAGAAGAAAAUAAUCUGCCUACUACGGAAUCGGAAUAUGAAAACUACAGACCCAAUUUAGAUGUCUUAGACGAUUUGUUGGAUGAUGACGAGCUAUACACGGAGUUAAUGUGUUCCAAUUUCAAGCUACUAAUAUUCUUGAAGUAUCCUGAAGUUUUAUCAAAAUUGAUAGAAUAUGUUACUAACGAGAAGGUUCUCGAAGAAGGAGCAGAUAGUGUUAAAAAGCCUGAGAUUAUUGAAGGUGUAAACGAUCGCCCUAUUUUGAUAGAACGGGACAGGAAGGGUGAAAAGGAGGAUGCUGAAGAAGAUAACUCAGAAGAAAUCACAAACGAUAGUGAUCAUGACUCUGGGGAUGAGAGGAGUGUCGAUUCCGAAGAAACAAGCAUCACUUUGCCCCCAGAAUCUGAAGAACAAGUGGAGACUAGAAGAGCCAGGAUAGCUGCUGAGAUUUUAUCAGCGGAUGUAUGGCCUAUAUCCGCCGCAAUAAUGAAAAAUAAAGACCUCCUUGGUAGAUUGUGGUCAAUACUAGAUCACCCAGCUCCCUUACCGAUACCUGCUUCCACUUACUUCAUGAAAAUAAAUGAGAGACUUCUCGAUAUGGAUAUAACAGGAAUGUUAGAGUUUAUAUUAAGCCGAGACAGUUUGGUUGCAAGGUUUUUGACACAUGUCGACAAUCCAUCUUUGAUGGACUUCCUUUUGAAAGUUAUCUCGACGGAUAAACCAGAUUCUCCUACAGGAGUCAUAAAGAUACUAAAAUCACAGGAAUUAAUACCUAAACUUUUAGAUCAUCUUAAUCCGGAAUACGGCAUUUCCACACAGUCUGCGGCCGGCGAUUUUAUUAAGGCAUUUGUCACGUUGAGCACUAACUCAAGCAAUGAGCUUGCUUCGGGAAUAGGUCCUAAUGAAUUGACAAGACAAUUAGUAUCAGAAGAAAUGAUAGAAAAGUUGAUUAAGAUAAUGUUACAAGGUGGUACAUGUUUAAGUAAUGGUGUUGGAAUUAUAAUAGAGUUGAUUAGAAAGAACAACUCAGAUUAUGAUUUCAUUCAAUUAGUAUACACCACUUUAGAAAGUCAUCCUCCCACUGAUCGAGAUCCAAUUCACUUGAUACAUUUGGUCAAGCUUUUUGCUAAGCAUAUGCCGGAUUUUGCUAGUAUGCUAAACGAAACAAAGUUGCCAUUAAUGGAAAUGCCAUUUGGCAGUAUUGAACCCCUGGGCUUUGAGAGGUUUAAAAUCUGCGAACUUAUUGCAGAACUAUUGCACUGUUCUAAUAUGACACUACUAAAUGAGCCUAAUGGCGAGAUUAUUGCCGAAGAACGCGAUAUAGAAAGGGCCAAAGAAUUUGAAAAAGAAAAAAAAACACCCAUUGCGAACAAUGACGCGGUAUAUUACGAUAAGGAUUGUGUGCAAGAGAAGGAGAUCACAGAAAAUUUAGGCGCUCUUCAAAUUAACAAUCAAGAUGAAGGCGAAGAGGGUGAACUAGAUGAUACUGGGAUAUCAAAUGUGAAAGCUGAUGUGAAAUCAGACGCGAAGGUAGUGGAGGGACUAGAAAAUGAUGCCUCUGGGGUUGAGUUGUAUGAUGAAACUUUGUCUGAUACAGAAUCCGUUAGAGAAUGUCUAAGGGAAAAACCGCUUGUUGGAGAUAGACUAAAGAUUGCCCUAGAAGACACUAAAAUAUUGAUCAUUAUCCUUGACAUGUUCACCGAGUUUCCUUGGAACAACUUUUUGCAUAAUGUAAUUUUUGAUAUUGCCCAGCAAAUAUUCAAUGGUCCCCUCAAAACUGGUUAUAAUAGGUUCCUUUUGAAAGAUUAUUUGGUUGAUGCAUACCUAACUAAAAAGAUAGUAGAUGCCGACGAGGCAUGUCAAGACUAUGAAAAAAAGACUGGUUUACGCUAUGGCUAUAUGGGUCAUUUGACAUUGAUCGCCGAAGAAAUAUCGAAGUUCAAAGAAUAUAUUGACGAAAUGAAGCUGACGUUUUGUAAUACUGCUGUUUCAGAUCGACUUGAGGAACCAUUUUGGAAAGAAUAUAGUGAAACAACCUUGGCCGAUACGAGAGAGAAGUAUAACACAGUUCUGGGAGAUUUUGGCAAUGAGCAGGAAAGCGAUGAUGAUGAUGUUAUCAGAAAUUCUGAUUCCGAAGAUAUAAUUGGUGAUACAGAUGGCAACGAUAAUUACGGGAAUAGAGAAAAUGAUGAACUUCUUAGUAAUGGACAUGAUACUGGAAACAUGGACUUAUACUAUAACUUCAAUAAUAACGAGAAUGAUGAAAAUGAAGAAGAUUACGCAGAGUAUAGUGAUGUGGACAAUAAAAAUUACUAUUCUAAUGUCGGCACUAAUGACGAUGAUUAUGAUAGUGAUGACGGUAAAUCCAAAAGUGCCGAAUCCGACUUUAACGAUAAAAUAUCUGAGGACAGAGACAACAAGAGCCUAUAUAGCGAGGAUAAUGACGAAAACAGGAGUGACAAAUGGGCCUCAGGUACUUCAUUGUUCCCCCCAGACCAUUUUCCCAGUAGGUCGCAACCUUCAGAUCCUAAACUGCAAGACCAGAAUAUUUUUCAGCACCAGUUCGACUUUGAUGGUGUUGGCGAUGAUGAUGACUAUAUGGAUCCUAAUGAUGAUGGUCAGUCAUAUGCUAGACCCGGUAAUCCGUUAUAUACUACUCCAAAAACUCCACCAAGACCAAAGACUGUUCUUUUCAAUUCUUUAUCUGCAUUGGAUAAUAAUGAUGAAGACGAAGAAGCGGCACUAAGCACUAGUGUUGAUGAUCGAAUGGAUAAUGAGAUAUCAAGUGAUGAGGACUCCGAAGAUGAAGAUGGAGACAAUGAUAUGGCCAAUGAUGAGGGCUAUUCAUUAUAUAGGUCAAGAAGUAAAGAGGCUUUCUGA